AUGAGGAAUCUGAAGGAGACAGAGACAGUGAGACAGCAGCUUCUGUUUGAGCACAGAUUGAAUGAAAAGCUUUUAAAAUGGAAACCAAAGUUUAUCUCGAAUAUUCAGCAGGAAACUUGCUCUCUCAGCAGCAGCUCUUCUGGUUCAGGAAGCAGAGGAUCGUGGGAGCGUGAGCUGCUGGGUCGGAUCACCGAGCUGCAGGAGGAGGUGUCCAGGAGGAAGAGCCACAUCGCUCAGCUCGACCACCAGAUCCACACCCUCAACGAGAACAUCAGCACUCUGACCAAAGAGCUGGAGCUCAAGGGCAAGGAGGUGCUCAAGAUCCGCAGCGAAGCCAAUCAGCAGAUAAG